CCACGCCAGCCGAUGCCCGACCCCGCUCCCAUGAAGACAGGGCUGACUACCGGACCGGUUCUUCGAGUAUCAGCAUGUCGGAUUCAGUAGAUCGCGUCUUCGUCCAUGCCUUGAAUACCGUGAAGAGGAUUCCCCGGACGGGAACCGCGCGCCCACCGGCCGCGGAGCGGUUGAAGCUAUAUGGCUUGUAUAAACAGAGCAUGGGUGAGUCUAUCUUGUGGAUUUCCUAUGGUUCUUCUUAUCCAAGGCGGAUUGGCUUAUAG